UCGCUUGUCGUUUGGCGACGUGUACCCGGUGAGUGGAAGUGCUAAGGAUUCUUAACUCGCUGGGUAACAAGCGGCCAUAAACCAAACUAAAAAAGCCUUAAAAGAGCAAAAGUAUGGGUGGUUCGCAGAGUGUGGAGAUACCGGGAGGAGGCUCCGAGGGAUACCACGUCCUCCGGGUUCAAGAGAACUCGCCUGGGCACCGGGCAGGGCUGGAGCCUUUCUUUGACUUCAUCGUCUCCAUCAACAACACCAGACUGAACAAGGACAACGACACGUUGAAGGACUUGUUGAAAGCCCAUGUCGAGAAACCAGUGAAGAUGCUAGUUUACUCUUCAAAGACUCUGGAGCUGCGGGAGGCCACGGUGACCCCCAGCAACCUGUGGGGGGGUCAGGGCUUGCUCGGUGUCUCCAUUCGCUUCUGCAGCUUUGAGGGAGCCAAUGAGAACGUGUGGCAUGUCCUGGAAGUGGAGCCUAAUUCCCCAGCAGCCCUUGCUGGCUUGCGGCCACACACUGACUAUAUAAUUGGAGCCGAUACUGUUAUGAAUGAGUCCGAGGACCUCUUUUCUCUAAUAGAGAGCCACGAGGGGAAGGGCCUGAAACUGUAUGUGUACAACACAGACACCGACAACUGCAGAGAGGUGGUUAUUACACCUAACACUGCCUGGGGAGGAGAGGGCAGCCUUGGCUGUGGAAUCGGCUAUGGAUACCUCCACAGGAUUCCCACCCGGCCGUUUGAGGAGGGGAAGAAGAUCAGUUUCCCUGGAACUUCUUCCAGUGAGCCUGUCAGUCCACUGAAAGACGGAUUUACUGAGGUGCAACUUUCAGCAGUCACCCCUCCUCCUGCUGCACCUGCAGUUCCCUCUGGCCUUGACUUGUCUGCCCUGUCAAUCAGCUCCUCAGCCCCGCCCACCAUGCCCAGCGAGCUGCAGACAGGUUUGCCUACAGUCCCUCUUCUGCCCACCUCCACUAACCCCUCACUCACCCCUCUGCCUCCGCUGAAUCCUGCCACUGCUGGCUUGAACCCAGCCACCACGCUACCAGGUCUGAUGCCCCUCCCAGGUAGCUUAACAGCGCUCCCUAACCUUCCCAACCUGCCAGUCCUAGAUCUCAGCAGUGUGUCACUAGCAGGCGGCAGCACCUUACAGCCACCAGCAGGGAUGACAGUCCCAUCUCUGGCUCCACUCCCACCCCUGAACCUUUCAAAUCUGGCCACGUUGCCUCCUCUGCCCACCAUGCUGCCCUCCCAGCUGCCUCCUGUCCUCUCUCAGGGUUUGACUCCCAUGUUGCCAACUUCCACUGCCGCCCCUCCAGCUUCAGUUACUGUCACAGCAGCACACAUGAUUAAUCCAGCCACCGAAGCCACAGCCCCCACAGAGGCAGGAUCCACGAGCACCACGGAAUCUCCAGCACCUACGGAAGCAACACUAACGUCGUCAUAACGUGGGAAAUAUGACUCCACUUCUCGUCAAACUCAAACACACCUGGUUUGGCUUAUCCUUCCAUCUGUCGUUCUCCGUGUUUUCUAUUUAUUUGGCUAAGAGUGAACAGACGCAUCAAUUCAGACACAGAGGUCAGCAUGCUCACGGGCAAGGAAGCUUGUGUGGAGCGAAGGAGGAUGCAGAGAACGGAAAGCGCCUGUAGACUGGUCUGACUGCUGUGUCUGUAUUCCCUGAUGGCCAUAACGCAGAGGAACUGUUAGCACUGCAGCUUGCCUAAGCUACUGCUUGAGGAAGAUGAAGUCGACUCAUUCAUUUGUAGUUUACUUUUCACUUCCGCAGUUAGACAAGGCAAAGACCUCUGAGAUUUUCGCCUUUCUUGUAUGGAAACCUCUCUGUUUAAGUUUUAUAUAACAAUUUAUGUUAAUGGAUCUGGAUGAUAAACACAGUUUAUUGAAUUGCCAACAUAAUAAAGAUAUAAAACCGGGAUUACAGCUGGAAGUAAGAUGUUAAAUGAAUUAGUCCAGUCCAGAAUUGAACUCACCAUACUGGAAGAAAUCAGACCAUAAACCCAAGAAAAGAAAUGUUUGUGCUGCUGAAUAAACAAGUAAACAAAUCCUGAGUGUGAUCAACCAACAAUUUCCUGUAUCUUUUUUUUUUCUUAUUAGUUAAUAGAACCACCAGUCAGUAGAUUAAUUUGAGUCAUAUGUAUUCAUUUUUUGUUGCUGUAUGUCUCCACCCAAUGAAUGAAUCUGCAUUAUUUUGCACCACCUUUGUGUUUUAAAAUUUAUUCCCCUUGUGUGUCUCCUUGUAUAUCCAAAAUCUGUACUUCAUACCAUCUCAACAACACCGAGAACAGUGAGAGCCCGAAGGCCGUGCCAGAGGAUACCGAGGUUUACAGAAACACGAGCUACUGAGUAGAGUGUGCACUUGCUGCUGGAUACAUUAAACUUGGGAGAGGUUUUUAAUGCAGAGCAUAUCUCCUGGCAUGGUCUGAGUGGAGUGGCAGAGCUGCAGCAUGGCCACAAGGUGUCACUGUAACAGAACUUUUGAGAAUAUCUGCAGUAUGUACAGGGCACGCAAUAAAGCCAAAUUAAUUUUAA